CAGAAGUGACGUCCGCCCCGUCCCGGCGGCGGCGGGCCCGGAGGAGGCGGCGGCGGGGAGGGCCCCGCCAGCGGUUGCCGAGUAACGGCGGAGUCCGGCGGGGCUCUGUGGUUGCAUAAUGGCAGAAGCCUCUGUCUCUCCGCUGAAGCACUUCGUGCUGGCUAAAAAGACAAUCACGGCCAUCUUCGACCAGCUGCUGGACUAUGUCAGUGAGGGAGCAACUUUUGUGGAAGCAACAUACAGGAACCCAGAGCUUGAACAUGUGGCAACAGAAGAUGAACUAGCAAAAAUACAAGCAUACAAAAAUAAAUUAGCAGUCAUUGGUGAGGUGCUGUCACGGAGGCACAUGAAAGUGGCAUUUUUUGGCAGAACAAGCAGUGGGAAAAGUUCUGUCAUUAAUGCAAUGCUGUGGGAUAAAGUGCUUCCUAGUGGAAUUGGCCAUACAACUAACUGCUUUCUCAGUGUGGAAGGGACAGAUGGAGAUAAGGCUUAUCUUAUGACAGAAGGAUCAGAUGAAAAGAGGAGUGUCAAGACAGUCAAUCAGCUUGCUCAUGCACUUCAUAUGGAUAAAGAUUUGAAAGCUGGCUGUCUCGUCCAUGUCUUCUGGCCCAAGUCAAAGUGUGCCCUGCUGAGAGAUGAUUUGGUUUUAGUGGACAGCCCUGGCACAGAUGUUACCACAGAACUGGACAGCUGGAUUGACAAAUUCUGCUUAGAUGCUGAUGUUUUUGUCUUGGUGGCCAAUUCUGAAUCAACUCUCAUGAACACGGAAAAACAUUUUUUCCAUAAAGUGAAUGAACGACUUUCCAAGCCAAACAUUUUCAUCUUGAAUAAUAGAUGGGAUGCCUCUGCAUCAGAACCAGAAUAUAUGGAAGAUGUGCGUAGGCAGCACAUGGAGCGCUGCCUGACUUUUCUAGUUGAUGAGCUGAAGGUUAUAGAUCCUGUAGAAGCCAGGAACCGCAUCUUUUUUGUUUCAGCAAAAGAAGUUCUGAGUGCCAGGAGACAGAAGGCCCAAGGAAUGCCAGAGGGUGGUGGAGCACUUGCUGAAGGAUUUCAAACGAGACUACAAGAAUUUCAGCAUUUUGAGCAGAUAUUUGAGGAGUGUAUCUCGCAGUCAGCCGUGAAAACCAAGUUUGAGCAGCACACUAUCAGAGCUAAACAGAUCAUAGAUACUGUGAAAAACAUUAUGGACGACAUAAACGUAGCAGCAGCUGAGAAAAGAGUCCAUUCAAUGGAAGAGAGGGAGGAUCAGAAGGACAGGCUGGACUUCGUUCGAAAUCAGCUGAACAUUCUGACAGAAGAUACUAAGGAAAAAAUCAAACGAGUUACUGAAGAAGUAGAAAAUAAAGUCUCCUCUGCCAUGACUGAUGAGAUCUGCCGACUUUCUGUUUUAGUUGAUGAAUUUUAUUCAGAUUUUCACCCUUCUCCUCAAGUACUGAAGCUCUAUAAGACCGAGCUUAACAAACACAUAGAAGAUGGUUUGGGGAAGAACCUGGCUGACCGUUGCUCCAGUGAAGUCAAUCAGUCAAUGCAUCAGUCACAGCAGGAGAUGAUUGAAAAUCUGAAACCGUUGUUGCCUUCUAGUGCUCAGAAUCAGCUCCACUUGUUAAUUCCAUGCAGGAAGUUUGACCUUAGCUAUGACUUAAACUGUCAUAGUCUGUGUGCAGAUUUCCAGGAGGAUAUCAUGUUCCACUUCUCCUUGGGAUGGACUUCACUUGUAAACCGUUUCUUGGGUCCUAAACAAGCUCAAAGAGUGCUGUUUGGAUUAGCAGAUCCCAACUUGCAAAUCCCUCGUCCUUUAGCUACCACCCCAUCUGCUGCCAGCCUCCCUGCCCUCACUCCAGAGAACGCAUCCCAGGAUGAUUUUAUGGUUCCCUUGGUAAUGAGUUUAGCUUCACUGACAUCACGGACCUCCAUGACCAUCAUCGUUGUUGGCGGAGUGAUUUGGAGAACAGUCGGCUGGAAACUCAUCUCUGUUUCCUUAAGUAUGUAUGGGUUGUUGUAUCUUUAUGAGAGACUGACUUGGACCACCAAAGCAAAAGAGAGAGCCUUUAAACAGCAGUUUGUAAACUAUGCUACUGAAAAGCUGCAAAUGAUCGUCAGUAUUACCAGUGCAAACUGCAGCCAUCAGGUGCAGCAGGAAAUGGCCACUACCUUUGCUCGGCUCUGUCAGCAGGUGGAUAUUACCCAGAAAAACCUGGAAAAUGAAAUUGCCAGGCUUUCAAAAGAAAUAGAUCAGCUGGAGAACAUUCAGACCAACUCCAAGCAGCUGAGAAAUAAAGCCAUUCACCUUGAGAAUGAACUGGAUCGCUUUACAAAACAUUUUCUUCAAAAGAGUAAAUGAAACACCCCUGCUAGCUUUCCCAGUGAUCCUUUGUAGGACAAAGUAGAAAUUUUACAGAUGAAACUUCUCUGUGAAGUCACAUAAAAUGAUUUAUAUUUUAAAAUGUUACUUUGAUUACACUUGUUAAUUAUUUUAAAACUUGGACUCUGAUGGGGAACUUAACUGCAGUACUCUGGGUACUUUCUUUUGCAGAUUUUGAGUUAAAAAUUACCCUUAGACACUACAUUUCUUUGGGCACUUGACAAUAAAACCUCAAAUUCUUAUUGGUUUUCAUUAGUAUUUAGCAGUGGCAAGUCUUGCUUCCUGGCAUCCAGGAGGUUACAUGGGGAAGAGCUUCUCACUGGUGGCACUGUUUCCUGCUUUCAGUCGUGUAGCAAUUAGCCAGGGAUGGAGGAUGCAGCUUUCUCACUUGUGUUUUUGUUUAAUGAAGGGAAGUAUGAACUCCAGCAUGGGGAAUGGACUGUUUGGAAACCAAGUGAAAUUGUGCUGGGCAGCAGUUCCUUAAAUGGAUGUGAAAGACAAUAGUAAACUGCAGAGCAGUCACCAAGGAAAGGCAGUAGGCUCUGGUUUCCCAGAGAAAAAUCCUUUAGACAGGAUGGCAUUGAUGAAAUUAAACCAAUUUCAACCAUUUUAUCAGAUUUUUCACAGUUGGUGAAGUGGUGAAGAUGGUCAUAGGGCCAUGAGAGCAGGGCUAGGAGCCACGUUCAGGUGAGCUGCAGGUGUGUCCCUGGCAGGGAGUGGAUGUGCCUGACUCGGGUGGUGCAGGCUGGAUGAGUUUUGGCUCAGGGGGUACCCUGAGCAUUCCCUUGUUUCUGCUGUAGACCAAGGCUCUUCUAGGUGAGACUCAAGGCAGUUGUGUUCUGGAGUUUACCUUUGCUCACCUCCAGCAAAGCAAAACCUCUUUAAAAAAAAAAGAAAAGUGGGUUUAUUUUUUGCUGUUGCCAUCUGCAGUCAUGUAACACCUACUUUUUUCUAACUAGACUUUUUAAAAAUAACGUAUUUUAGAAGAGCCUUUUCAGAAUAUUUAUAUAUUUUUAUGUAUGUGUUAACAUGACUUAAAUGAAAUAUUCAACUUUAAGACUUGGAGAUUUGCUAUUUUUCAGCAAAGGGCUAUCAUAAAAUGAAACAUGUACAAUCUAAUGCUAGAGUCAGCUAAGUAGUUGAAGACAAAGCACUUAUAUCACCAUAAUGUAUUUUGGUGUUCUGACUGCAAGCACAAGCACAGCUCUCUGGGACCUUUCAUUGGCAGUAAGCAUGAGGAGCCUCAAGGACUUUGAAGGGAACUGUGGAGUCCUAAACUGACAGCCCAGCCUUCUGUGUGUGAGGUAACAGCUGUGUAUUGAUGCUCUUUUUCUGGAGCAUUUCUAUGGAGAUAAAACUUUACAUGCAUGUGUUUGACAGUUAUUUAUUAAAAAAAAAUCCUACUCGUC